UGUUCUUAUUCCUGUGUUUAAUGUGGAUGGAUAAUCAUGGAGUUGGUUUAAUUUCUGAUUGAAUGCUUGAUUUCCAAAACAAAUCGUGCUUUUUAGAUAUUUUCUUUUGUGAUUUUUGAAAUCGUUUUUUAUGCUAAUUCAAAUUAUGAAUUUUCUUCCUAAGAAACCCAUUGAUUACAGUUUCUCUCAGGAAUUUGUUGAUUAACGUUUCUUUUUCGAUAGAACUUAGAAUACUGCUUUUACCCAUUACAAUGUAAAACUCCUGGUUAGUGCUUGAUUUUCUGCUUGCAACUUGACUGUCAAAAUGUCUCACUGAGGGUGAAUGAUUUCAAGACCUACCCUUUUUUUGUUAACAGUAGAAUGAGAUUAUAUUCACCACUCUUCUGCAAGUACUGAAAUCUUCAUAUUUAAGAUUUUUCUUCUACAAUAAAUGGAGGAGACUGAAGUAGGAAUAUGUCCAAAUUACUUGACUCAUGACUAUUCCACUGAGAGUGAUUCAUCCACAUCCACAUUCUUCAAACUUGUGGGUAAUAUUGAUUUCUUCAUAGACUUUAGACCAGUCCAUGCAUUCUUGAAUAUUUUAUAAGAUGUUAUUAGAAAAACAGAAAUAGAAGAAAAAGUUCAUCAGAAAACAUGGGUUUUUUUAAAUCUGGUUUCGAUCUCCUUCAUCUAGCUGUUUUCUUUCUCUAAGUUAUUAAUCUCCAUACAGUACACAACUGCACAAUCAAGAUAUUUUUAUCAUUUUUGCUCAGGAGAUAAUUACACGGCAAAUAGCACAUUUCAAAAAAAAUCUCAACAAUAUUCUUCCUGCACUUUCCUCAGCCGUCCCUUAAAUCAUCAAAAAUGGAUACUACAACACCUCGGUUGGGGAAAAUCCGGAUAUCGUUUACGGAUCUUUACAAUGUAGAGGUGGGAUUUCAUUAGAAGGUUGCCAAGAUUGUGUUAAAGACUGUACUUCAGAGAUAAACAAAGUUAAUAGGUGUCCAAAUUCUAAGCAAGCAAUUAUCUGGUAUAAUAUAUGUAUGAUAAGGUAUUCAAAUUGUGCUCUUUAGAUUUUUCUUGUGAUUUUUGAAAUUGUUUUUUAUGCUUAUUCAAAUUGUGAAUUUUCUUCUUAAGAAUUUUCUUUAGUUGGGAUCCCAUUGACUCACAGGAAUUUUUUGAUUGACGUAUCGUUAGAACUUAGAAUACUGCUUUUACGCGUUACAUGUAAAACUCCUAGUUAGUGCUUGAUUUUCUGCUUGCAACCUGACUGUGAAUAUGUCUCACUGAAGGUGAAUGAACAAUGAUUUCAAGACCUUUUUUUGUUACUGGUGGUGACAGUAGAAUGAACAACUUGACUUUUGUUUAUUUGAUUUUUCGUUGUUUUUGAUUAUUGCAUCCAACAGAUUGUAGCUAGAACAGUAAACUAGAAGAAUAUCCAAAUUAAUUGACUUGUUUUUGAUCACUAUCUACUGACAUUUAAUCAUACACAACCACAUUCAACAAACUUGUGGAUAAGAACGAUUUCUCUAGUCUUCAUAAUAGACUCCAGAGUCAAUAACCAGUCCACUAUGUACCCUCUUGAAGAUUUCUCUAGUCUCCAUAAUAGACUCCAGAGUCAAUAACCAGUGCAUUAUGUACCCUCUUGAAGAUUUCUCUAGUCUCCAUAAUAGACUCCAGAGUCAAUAACCAGUCCAUUAUGUACCCUCUUGAAGAUUUUGGUUGGGGGUAAACCAACCACAUCCAAAAAAAAAAAAAAUAAGGAAAAGAAAAAUGGUCAUCAGAAACAAGAAGGUGGGUUGUUUGAAUCUAGUUUCAAUCUCAUUCAUCUGUUUGCUGUUUUCUGUUUCUAACCUGUUGAUCACCAUAAAAUACACAACUGCACAAGCUUUUUAUCCUUUUUGUUUAGGAGAUAGUAAUUACACAAUUAACAGUACAUUUCAAACUAAUCUCAAUCAUCUUCUUGCUUCACUAUCCAAUCCUGUCGACAAUUCAAUCAUAAAAAAUGGAUACUUCCGUAACGCCACUGUUGGCCAAUCCCCCGAUACUGUUUACGGGUCUGCACAGUGUAGAGGUGAUGUUACAUUAGAUGCGUGUCAAACUUGUGCUAAAGUCGCUACUCAAGAGAUAAAAGGAGAAAAUGGAUGUCCAAAUUCUAAACAAGCAAUUAUUCGGUUGGAUCAUUGUAUGUUGAGGUAUUCAAAUCAAUAUUACUUUAAUAGUAUGCAAGCCGAACCUAGACAGCCUUUCUUGAGUGAUGAAAGUGUUACCGAUCGAGAUCGGUUUAGACCAAUCUUAGCUAAUUUACUGAAACGUAUAGCAACAGAAGCUGUGGUUAAUAAGGGUAUUACUAACUUUGGUAUUGGAGAUGCAAAUUAUACUAAUGGUACAAGAAUAUAUGGUUUAGUACAGUGUACGGCAGAUAUACCUCCAUUGAGCUGUUAUAAUUGUCUUGUUGGAGCUAUAUCUUAUUUACCAAAUUGUUGUGAUGGGAGUCGAGGUGCAAGAGUUAUUAGUCCUAGUUGUAGUAUAAGAUAUGAAUUCUAUCCUUUCUUAAAUUCUACGAUUACUCCUUCACCACCAUCAUCAAUGGAUCCAACACCAUCAAAUGACAUGAAAGAUGAGAUUCUAACCACAGAAUCCUUGCAAUUAAACUUUGCUAUAGUAAGUGCUGCAACAGAUGAUUUCUCUGAAGCUAAUAAACUUGGCGAAGGUGGAUUUGGAUCUGUUUAUAAGGGUACACUUGCAGACAGCUGGCAAGAAAUAGCCGUGAAGAGGCUAUCAAAAAAUUCUGGACAAGGCGAACAAGAGUUCAAGAAUGAAGUUACAUUAGUAGCUAAACUUCAACACAGAAAUCUUGUGAAGCUUGUUGGUUUCAGUCUAGCUGGUGAAGAAAAACUUCUCGUCUAUGAUUUCAUGCCAAAUGGAAGCCUUGACGGAUUCCUAUUUGAUCCAGUUAAAUGUACACAGCUGGAUUGGGAAAGACGAUACAAUAUAGUAGCAGGGGUAGCAAGAGGACUUCUCUAUCUUCACGAGGAGUCUCGACUUAAAAUCAUCCAUCGAGAUCUUAAGGCUAGCAAUAUAUUGUUGGAUGUAGACAUGAAUCCUAAAAUUGCAGAUUUUGGCAUGGCUAGGCUUUUUGGCCAUCACCAAAUUCAAGAUAAUACAAACAGAAUAGUCGGAACGCAUGGCUACAUGGCUCCAGAAUAUGUUGUGCGUGGUGAAUUCUCUGUGAAAUCAGACGUAUUUAGCUUUGGUGUCUUGGUAUUAGAGAUUCUUUGUGGACAAAGGAACAGAAGUUUUCAUAGCUCUGAUAUUGCAGGGGACCUUCUAAGCUAUGCAUGGACACACUGGAACAAUGGAUCUGCUAUAGAAAUAUUAGAUCCAACUUUGAAAGACACAUUUUCUAGAAGUGAAGCGAUGAGAUGCAUCCAUGUUGCGUUAUUAUGUGUUCAAGAAAUUGUUGCAGAUAGACCAACCAUGCCCAGAGUUGUCCAAAUGCUUAACAACUCGGUGAUUGGUCAAGAUUAUAUACCUUCAUCACCUGCAUUUUUGGCUGAUAUUAAGAGACAUAUAGAGCUCCAAGGCUACAAUGAAUCGGUAACAUGCAGCGUGAAUGAAGUUACUGUUACUGAACUAUACCCUCGAUGAUAAAAUAUCACUACUACAUAUUUUUUUUCUUCUACGGGUGGUUUGUCUUCUGAAUCACUAUAUUAAUGCAAACUUAAACCAAGUUGACCUACGAAACCCAUAAAAAAUGAUUUCGCUAGUAUUCGCAAUAGACUUUAGAGCCAAACCAGCAUGUAUGCAUGUAUGUAUUUCCUUAGAUUGUGGUUGGGGUACGUAAAGCAGAAACAUUCCAAAAAAAGAAAAAAGAGGAAAAUGAUCAUCAGAAACAAAAACAUGGGUAGCUGUACGUUAAUCUAGUUUCGAUCUUCUUCUUCAUUGUAAUACAACUGCACAACCAGUACUAUAUGUUUAUUGUUAUGAAGUAUAUAUGUAAAAAAUCAUUUAAUGUCAUAAUACAAGAUGGUGAUUCUGCUAGUUA